UGGGACUUUGAAAAUGUCAAUUUCUUGAUCAACUUGUAGACCCUGGUCAACAUGGCCUAAUAGUAGCUACGCCACUGGAUAAACUAGCUGUGAUUUAUCAAACACCGCUACGGCCUGUAAGGGGAGAUCACUGCGUAGGAGAUUGGUGAUUUAUAGGAUGAAUAAUUUUGCCAUGAUCACCGUAAAAGAAAGGAAUAAGAGAUAAGAGUUGUUUAAUAUUAAAGGCUAAAAUUAAAGCUAAAAUUUAAUACAUUCAAUACAUGUAUAUAUUUUACUUAUUGUGUUUACAACACAAGUGCUAUCUGUAAGAUUUAAACUUUUGAAGUGUAAACACUGUAAAAAUCAAUGUUUCCGACAAGGAAGUAAAUUUCGGUAUCAAAUUCCAUAAAUCCAAUAACGACAGCAAAAUAUUUACAAUCAACAUUUCACCUGCGGAAAAUACUGUGAACGAUUUAAAACUUUAGAAAAGAUUUUGAGGAUUACAUAAAGAUAAAACAUGGCUGUCUCAGGAAAAAAAGCAUCAAAACAAUUUUCAUCUUCAACACAUUCCAUAGCAUCAGAUGAAGAUCUUCAAGUUUACUGUCAACCUUGUGAUGAGGAAGGAACCAGACUUCCUGCCCAUGGUUACUGCACAGACUGCAAGGAACAUUUAUGCAAGAAUUGCUUCAUAGUCCAUAAAAAGCAUAAACUUUCAAAACAGCAUACACUUCUGGAUGCAACAAGAAUGCCUAAAGUUUUGCAUCAACCCCCAACAUCCACCUACACAGACCAGUCUGAUAAACUUACCACACCCUGUUGCAAACAUCCGAAAGAAAUGAUCAAGUUCUACUGCCAUGACCAUGAAGCAUUACUCUGCAGUGUUUGUGUUACCCUAGAACACCAUGCUACAUCAUGUAAAGUCAACUAUAUACCCGAUAUUUCUGGUGAUAUAAUAGACAGCAAUGAAUGCCAAGAUAUCUUGAAAGCAGUAAAUAACACUUCUGACAAAUAUCAAAAGUUUGUGGAAGAUGUCAAAAAGAUGACAAAUAAGUCCAACAGCUCUCUCGAAGAUGCAUUAGCAGACAUUAAAAAGUUUCGGCAAGAAAUCAACCAAAGACUAGAUGAACUUGAGAGACAGAUUGAAGAUGCAGCUAAAGUCAUAGAACAAGAAAAUAACAAACAUCUGAAAGCAGUAGAAACAACAUGUGCAGAUAUAACCCAAUCUCUGAAGUCCUCAUCAGACACCAUCAAACAUCUCAACUCAUCAAAACAAGCUGAUAAACUCUUCAUGGAACUGAAACUUGCUGAGAAAACAAUGCAAAAUGAGGAGGGAAAGAAACUACAACUUUCCUCAUAUGAUAUCAAAGAACACACAUUUAAAGCAAAUGAGCCAAUAUUUGAUCUUCUUAAAACAGAGAACUCUUUGGGUACAUUGACGCAAAAAAAAUUAAAUAUAAAAUCUCCAUUUGCACCAAUAAAGUCUAGACAAUUUUCACAUCAGGGAGAAAUCUGUGUGAAGACAUCAAAAGAUAAAUGCAGUUACUGGAUAACAGGAAUGACUCUGCUGACUCCUGAUCUUCUUAUCAUCACUGACCGUGAUAACAAAGCUGUUAAGAUGGUGGAUAUCAGCAGACAAUGUGUGUCUGAUCAACUACAACUAGAUAACAUGCCAUGGGAUAUCACGACAGUAACCAGUACCGAACUUGCUGUCACACUUCCUAACAAACAUACAAUACUGUUAAUAUCAGUCUCAUCAAAUAAACUCAUAAAGAAGCACACUAUGAAAGUGAAUGGUCAAUGUCAUGGUAUAAGCUGUUACCAAGGUAAACUUGUUGUGACAUUCCGUUAUCCUGCAAAACUCCAGAUCCUUGAUAAGAAUGCAACUAUACUGACAACAAUUGAUGGUAAAAUUUUAUUCAAAGUACCAUUACAUGUAACAUGUAAUAAAAGUUCUAUCUAUGUAUCUGACUUUGGGAUGAAAUCAGUAACAAGGUUAAACUGGCAAGGUGAUGUGAUAGGGAGUUAUAGCUGUACAGGUGAACCAAGAGGAAUAUCACUUUCAAAUCAUUGUACUGUAUUCAUGAGUGACUUGAAUAGAAAUGUUAUAGAAGAGAUAUCGGAAGACUGCUCUACAGGAAAGGUUGUAUUGCAGAAUGUGAUUAAUCCAUAUGCUGUAUGUUUGUCUGAGGAAACAAAGAAGAUGUAUUUCAGUUGUAUCAAUAAUGUCUUCCUUUACAUCUAUAAACUGUCAUAAACGUGUACAAAAAAUCAAAAAUGAAACAAAACAAAACACAACAGUUUAAUACAUGUAGUAAAACUACUCUUGAACAUUUAUUUUCAUAUAGAAUUAUAGUAGGCUUACCAUUAAAAGACAAUAAGAAUUAUUAUGUAUAAAAAGAUUUUUGUUUUCAAACAUGCAAAUCUACUGAAUUGCUCUUCCAAUCACUGUCAUGUGAUAAAAGUCACUUGAUCAGCAUAAAGCAUCUAAGUAUCAUAUAACUCAGAAUAUUAUGUGAAAAUGAAUUAAACAUAAAUUGAAUAUUAACUCUAAUAAAAAAUUCCCAAUAUCAAUUGUGAGAUAUACAUGGUAUAAUUCAAUAAAAGAUGUUACAAACUAAACAAUGUGUUCAUAGGACACACAUGCCCCCACAUUCACUGUUUUGUCCAUCUAUGGAUAGAGAAAAUAACAUCCCGACAGUGUGACAAGGGCAAUUCUACAUGUAUUUAUGUCUCCAUCCCACUAAAUGGGGGCAUAAGAAAUCAUGUAAUCACUGUCAAGAACUUUAACCUAAAAGAUUAUCUUUACAUUGACUUUCAUAUUCAUUUUGUACCAUAAAACUGUGUACACUGUGUAAAAUGGAGAUCAUAUCUUUGUUUAAUACAUGUAUAUGGCUAAGAA